AUGUCGCUUAGAACAGUCAGAACAAUUCUUACAGCUUUUGAACAAGCCGAAGGUGUCGGUGCCAAGGUCCGUCGUUCCAUUGGUACUAUGAACAUGAGAAACUUCAACCCAUUCUUGAUGCUCGAUGAUUUUUCAGUCAGUGCACCUGCUGGGUUCCCAGAACACCCCCAUUUAGGACAAGAAACGAUUACAUUGAUUCUUAAGGGUGCUGUUGCUCAUGAGGACUUCACUGGAUCCAAGGGAGUCUUGUAUCCGGGUGAUUUGCAAUUUAUGACAGCAGGAAAGGGUGUUGUUCAUUCAGAAAUGCCAGUUCCGCAGCCAGAUGGAUCUCCAACUGUAGGCAUGCAAUUAUGGGUUGAUUUACCGGAAUCUUUAAAGGAAUGUCAACCUCGUUACAGAGACUUAAAGAGUUACGAAAUUCCUGAAGUCGUUGAACAAGAUGGUAAAUUACGUAUUAAGGUUAUUUCAGGUAAGUCCCAUGGUGUGGAAUCCUUAAAGGACUUGGCAUACACCCCAGUUCACUAUUACUACUACACUAUGAAGCCUGGUUCCACUUUCAAACAGGACAUGCCUAAGGAUUUCAACUUUUUCUUAUAUGUAAGAGAAGGUAACAGCUUAGUUAUUAACGGAGACACCAAGGUCGAAAAACACCGCAACUGUUUCUUCAAUAUGGAUGGUGAUGGAAUCACGGGUAAAAACCCAGCAACCUCCACCGAAGACGUUGAAUUUGUUUUAGUCGGUGGUAAGACCUUAGACCAAGAAGUUGUACAAUACGGCCCAUUCGUAGCAACUUCUCAAAACAGAAUUCAACAAGCUUUCACCGAUUACAGAGCCGCCCGUAAUGGAUUCGACAACUUAAGAACAUGGGAUUCGUUGAUCAGCGGGGGUGUCACCGAUGACAUGGUGCGUGGUGAGUUGAAAGGUAGUGUUGAAGAUAGAGAAAAGGAAAGAUUAGCUUAUUUUCAUAAUAAAGAAUCCAAAAAGGAUGAACUUUAA